UGCCCCGCCCACCUGCUGCCGGGUCAUGUGACGAUCCAAGAUGGCGACGCUCAGGCUGAUGCCGGUGGCGCUGCUCACCUGCCUGCUGGUCGGCGGGCGCUGCGCGGGGCAGCGCGCGGGCCCGGUGCCCCUGGUCAUGUGGCACGGGAUGGGAGACUGCUGCUGUAACCCUGGAAGCUUAGGAUACAUUAAAAAAAUGGUGGAAAACAAAAUACCAGGAAUUUACGUUCUGUCGCUACAGAUUGGAAACAACUUGCUAGAGGAUACGGAGAACAGCUACUUCAUGAAUGUGAACAAACAAGUGAUGCUGGUUUGUGACAAACUCGCUAAGGACCCUCACUUGCAAGGAGGAUACAAUUCUAUGGGAUUCUCCCAGGGAAGCCAGUUCCUGAGGGCGGUGGCACAGAGAUGUCCUUCUCCUCCAAUGUUCAAUUUGAUUUCCAUUGGGGGGCAGCACCAAGGUGUGUUUGGCUUUCCACGCUGUCCCGGGGAGAAGUCCCGCAUCUGUGACUGGCUCCGAAAGAUGCUGGACCUUGGCGUCUACACGAAGGUGGUUCAGGAGCGCCUAGUGCAGGCAGAAUACUGGCAUGACCCUGUGAAGGAGGAAGAGUACCGGCAAAACAGCAUCUUCCUGGCUGACAUCAAUCAGGAGAAGGGCAUCAACGAGACCUACAAGAAAAACUUGAUGGCUUUGAAAAAGUUUGUGAUGGUGAAAUUUCUCAAUGACUCGAUGGUAGACCCUCCAGCCUCAGAGUGGUUUGGAUAUUAUAGAAGUGGGCAAGCCAAGGAGACCAUCCCCCUGCAGGAGACCUCGCUGUACACAAAGGAUCUGCUGGGGCUGCAGCAGAUGGACAAGGCAGGAAAGCUGGUAUUCCUGUCUGUGGCAGGAGAUCACCUUCGCUUUUCUGAAGAGUGGUUUUAUACAAACAUCAUCCCCUUCCUACACUGAAGUCGAUGUGUGUCAGCAGCCUGACAAGAGAAGGCAACUUCCUUCAGACCAAGCUCCUGAUCCAAGGCUGAGGAAGUCACCCUGUCAAGUUCUAACUUGGAUCCAAUUGCUGUAGCUAACUAAGCUGCCGCUUACUGCGUAACAGCACGUCCCCCAUGCUGCAGCAUGGUAUGAGGGCUAACCAAGUAUUUAAGGGCAUACUAGUCUGCUGGCUGUUGUCAGGGUGCAUUAGAAGUGGCACGGAUUAAAUUUUAGUAGGUUUAAAUUUAAUAUGCUAUUAUGGUGCAGCACAUGGUCCCCACCCAGACUAGGUUUCUGUGUUAGCAAGUUUUGUAUGGUUUUCAAAGAAGCUAAUGUAACUGCACCAGUCACUUGCUGGAGCAUAGUUCAGUGGCUUUCAAACUUCUUUUCUGGUGACCCAGUUGAAGAAAAUUGUCGAUGCCUGUGACCCAACAGAGCUGGGGAUGAGGGGGUUGGGAUGCAGGAAGGGGCUCAAGGCUAGGGAAGAGGUUU